CCAACACCCAACAGCCAACACCACGUUUGGCCUUGGCCGGUGAAAAAUGGCAGUACGCAACGCAUGGAUUUCAUUAAAGCAUUGCUUUAAUUCGUUUGAAGAGGUUCUUAGUGUUUCCCUAGGCUUGCGAUAUCCUUACAAGCCGACUUACCAGGCCGUUUUACUCGGUGAAAAUAAUCAACAAACGACUGCACUUGCACCCCAAAACUCUGAUCCUUUUGGACUUGGUGAUGGAUUUUUGUGGGCAGUUCCCAAGCACAGGCGAACGAUUGAAAAACGCAUGAGACGUAAAUUUGGUCCCGCCAACUUGCUGAGAAUUAGACCUAGAAAUGAUUUGAUAGUCUGCACAAGAUGUGGACAUCACCAUGAAAUUGGCAUCUUGUGUGACUAUUGUUACAAGAAGGUGCAAGAAGAGACGAAAUUGGCGCAAGAUCUUGUCCAGGAGAAAUUAGGUCUGAGUGCCGUGGACAAAGAGGUUAUUCUUCUCUACGAGAAUGAAGCUGCUCCACAAGAUGCUCAGAAAAAAUUUAUCGUGGAAGUUCCGAAACCACGUCCUCAGUGGUUCAGUCGCAACUUGCUGCAGAGGACUACAGAGGUGGAAACUCCAAAGGCAGUAGCAGAGACCAACCAGGUUGUGAAACCAGCUGACAUGGGUUGAAAGCAUUUGGAAGGUAGUGUUUAGUAGUUUAAAACAAAUAAAUAAAUACGGUUGAUAUGUUUAUUUCUCGGAA